AUGAAGGAGGACAUACAGAAGGAUGUGAUUGAUUCUGCUCUUAUAGCUUUUGAGAAGCACAGUGUUGAAAAGGACAUUGUGGAGAACAUCAAGGGACUGGCCUGGCAUAGUGGCAUUGUAUCAUCGGUCGCAAUUUUGAUGGAUUUAGGCACAUUAGCCUCCACUCUUGUCUAUGCCUUUCUGUUUGGCACAAUCGUUUGCCUGAGGCUAUGGCUGAUGAAGUCAUUGCAGAGCAAGGGAAGGCUGCCUCCAGGCCCACCAAGAUGGCCUAUCUUUGGCAACCUUCUUCAAUUGGGCCCCCUCCCACACAGGGACUUUGCUUCCUUCUGUGAGAAGUAUGGGCCGUUGGUCUAUCUUCGACUUGGGAGUGUUGAUGCUAUCACCACGAAUGACCCCGAGAUCAUCCGUGAAAUACUUCUCCGACAGGAUGAAGUAUUUGCUUCUCGACCUCGAACCUUAGCUGCAGUACACCUAGCUUAUGGAUGUGGUGAUGUAGCAUUGGCUCCAUUAGGGCCACAGUGGAAGAGAAUGAGGAGAAUAUGCAUGGAGCACCUACUGAGCAUCAAGCGGCUCGAGUCAUUUGCGGACCAUCGUGCUCGCGAAGCUCACCAUCUCGUUCAAGACGUAUAUGAUCGGUCUCAAACCGGGAAGCCUGUUAACUUGAGACAAGUCUUGGGAGCCUUUUCCAUGAACAAUGUGACAAGAAUGUUGCUAGGGAAGCAAUAUUUUGGCAUUGAGUCAGCCGGUCCUCAGGAAGCAAUGGA